AUGGCCUCAGCAGUAACAGAUUACUGUAGAACACUUGUAAGUGCUCAUAGUUUCUUUUACGUCCGAAAUGCUUUUUGUUUACCUUGAAUUCUUCAAACUUCAGGGAGCGGAUGGGAGGCAACUUCGACUCGCAGGCCAUGUUGGAUUUGACAGCUUACCCGACCAGCUCGUGAAUAAAUCAGUCAAUAGAGGCUUUGCUUUUAAUAUUCUCUGUAUAGGUGAGUAAAAGGUUAUUCUUUAAAACCUUCAUUUUAAAUUUGCUCUCUUUGUUUUGUUUUGUUUCUUUUUUGGGGGAGAGAGCGAAAAACGCCGAUACAAUCAUCUGUCAAAUCAAAAGCGAGUACGUGAGGAAGAGUGGUAUUAGCCCCGUAGUUGUCUGUAUGAUUUUAUCUCUCUUUUUUUUUUUUGCACAAAUGUUCAGAUUCCUUUAUCUUUCCUUUGUUUUUCAGGCGAAACAGGAAUCGGAAAAUCGACUUUAAUGGAUUGCCUUUUUAAGACUGCUUUUGAAGGUGUGUGUACAUGUAAUUGA